GCCGGCUUUGGGAGAUUAUUCGCUGCCGAAAUCUUCGCGAGGAUCAAGUUUCGUGAUUCCCCUCGCCACGAUGGCGUUCCACUGGUGCGACAACAACCUGCACACCACCGUGUUCACGCCUCGCGACUUCCAGGUGGAGUUACUGGCCGCCGCCUACGAGCGGAACACGGUUAUCUGCCUGGGACACCGGAGUUCCAAGGAGUUCAUAGCCCUCAAGCUGCUCCAGGAGCUAUCGCGGCGCGGACGUCAACGUGGCCGGAUCAGUGUCUACCUAAGCUGUGAGGUGGGCGCCAGCAAAGAACCUUCAUCCAUCUACACGAUGCUCACUCACCUCACCGAUUUGCGGGUGUGGCAGGAGCAGCCGGACAUGCAGGUGCCCUUUGCCCACUGCUGGACGGACUACCACGUGUCCAUCUUGCGGCCAGAGGGAUUUCUCAGCCUUCUUCAGGGUCGAGAUAUGCUGCUGAGCAGCGUGGAGUUGAUUGUGCUAGAGGAUUGCCAUGACAGUGCGGUUUAUCAGCGGAUAAUGCCUAUCUUCGAGGAGUACAUCCUGCCGGCUGCACCGGCGAACCGGCCACGAAUCCUCGGGCUGGCUGGACCACUGCACAGCGCCGGAUGUGAGCUGCAACAACUGAGCGCCAUGCUGGCCACUCUAGAGCGGAAUGUGCUCUGUCGAAUCGAAACAGCCAGCGAUAUCGUCACCGUGCUGCGAUACUGUUCCCGUCCGCGCGAGUACAUCGUGCAGUGCGCCCCCUUUGAAACGGACGAAUUGUCACUAGUGCUGGCCGAUGUUCUCAACACCCACAAGUCCUUUCUUAUGGAACACCGCUACGAUCCAUUUGAGAUCUACGGAACAGACCAAUUUAUGGAUGAGCUCAAGGACAUUCCCGAUCCCAAGGAGGAGCCACUGAACGUCAUCAAUUCCCUCCUGGCCGUGCUACACGAGAUGGGUCCCUGGUGUACGCAGCGGGCUGCCAACCACUUUUACCACAGCAACGAAAAGCUUAAAGUGAAGACGCCGCACGAACGUCACUACUUGCUCUACUGUUGGGUGAGCACUGCUCUCCAACAGCUGCACACGCUCUGCGAACACACUUUCCAGCGGCAUCAGGCAAACAAUGGCGGAGAUUCGCGCCUGACCAUCGAACGCUAUUCCAGUCCCAAGGUGCGACGUUUGCUGCAAACACUGCGUUGUUUCAAGCCGGAGGAGGUCCACACUCAGGCGGAUGUGUUGCGCAGGAUGCGACACCAAGUGGAUCAGGCUGAUUUUAACCGACUGUCGCACGUGCUAGAAAGCAAGUGCCGCGCGGUGGACCAACUGGAGCAGAAUCCCACGGAAACGCAAGCGUUGGUAGCCAAUCUCGAGCAAAUUCUGCAGACGUCAGUUGACAAGCAGUCGUCCAAGAACGCAGCUCGCUUUACUCCUGCUCCCGGACAGGCGAAAACUAGGUCGAACAAUGGAUCGAACUCCACCCAGCCACGAACCCGGAGAAGAGUGUACACCAGACGACACCACCGGGAUCAACAUGACGGCAGCGAUACGCUCUGUGCACUGAUCUACUGCAACCAGAACCAUACGGCUCGAGUGCUUUUCGAACUGCUGGCGGAGAUGAGCCGGCGUGACCCCGAUCUCAAGUUCCUACGCUGCCAGUACACCACGGAUAGGGUAGCCGAUCCCACCACGGAGCCCAAGGAAGCCGAACAGGAGCAUCGGCGGCAGGAGGAGGUGCUCAAGAGGUUCCGCAUGCACGAUUGCAAUGUGCUGAUCGGCACUUCGGUGCUGGAAGAGGGCAUCGAUGUGCCCAAGUGCAAUCUGGUGGUGCGCUGGGAUCCGCCCUUCACAUAUCGCAGCUAUGUCCAGUGCAAGGGACGGGCUCGAGCGGCACCAGCUUAUCAUGUCAUUCUGGUGGCGCCCAGUUACGAAAGCAAGGCUGUGGGGACACAGCAACUAGGCAAUCGUUGUCAUCGCUUUGUUUGUGGUGCCUCGGGAACUGGAGACACCACAGAGGCGGACAGUGACUCGGAUGACUCGGCGAUGCCGAACUCCUGCGGCUCCGAUCCCUAUACUUUUGGCACGGCCCGUGGAACGGUCAAGAUCCUCAACCCUGAAGUGUUCAGCAAGCAGCCGCCGACGGCAUGCGACAUAAAGCUGCAAGAGAUCCAGGACGAAUCGCCCGCCUCUGCUUUGUUGGACACUAGCAACUCCAGCGACGAGGCCGUCAGCAUAAGCAACACCACUCCGAGUGAGAGCAGUACGGAGCGCAAGUCCAGGCGAUUCCAGUGCGAGCUGGCUCUAUCUGAAUCGGAGGACAGCAUCGAACCGUCUGUUGAAGUCAACACCGUUGAUCUCUUGGCCCACACCACCAAGGACUUGGUGCAUCAGAUGGCACAAUAUCGCGAGAUCGAGCAUAUGCUGCUAUCCAAGUGCGCCAACACAGAACCUCCGGAACAGGAACAAAAGGAUGCGGAGCGCUUUAGUGCCUGUUUGGCCGCAUAUCGCCCCAAGCCGCAUCUUCUGACCGGAGCCUCCGUGGAUCUCGGAUCUGCUAUAGCGCUCGUUAACAAAUACUGUGCUCGCCUGCCCAGCGAUACUUUCACCAAGCUGACGGCCCUGUGGCGCUGCACUCGUAGUGAGAGAGAAGGAGUGACUGUGUUUCAGUACACACUUCGGCUGCCCAUUAACUCGCCAUUGAAGCACGAUAUUGUGGGUCUUCCAAUGCCCACUCAAACUUUGGCACGACGGCUGGCUGCGUUGCAGGCCUGUGUGGAACUGCACCGUAUUGGUGAGCUAGACGAUCAGUUGCAGCCCAUUGGCAAGGAGGGAUUUCGUGCCUUGGAGCCGGACUGGGAGUGCUUUGAUCUGGAGCCGGAGGACGAGCAGAUUGUGCAGCUGAGCGAUGAACCCCGUCCGGGAACGACAAAGCGACGACAGUACUACUAUAAACGGAUUGCCUCAGAGUUCUGUGACUGUCGACCGGUGGCCGGCGCCCCCUGCUAUCUGUACUUCAUCCAACUGACGCUGCAGUGUCCCAUUCCCGAGGAGCAGAAUACGCGCGGUCGAAAGAUUUAUCCGCCCGAGGAUGCCCAGCAGGGUUUUGGAAUUCUCACCACCAAACGCAUCCCCAAAUUGAGCGCCUUUUCGAUAUUUACCCGCUCCGGAGAGGUGAAGGUUUCGCUCGUGUUGGCCAAGGAUCGCGUGGUCCUAACCAGCGAACAGAUUGUCUGCAUCAACGGGUUCCUGAACUACACAUUCACUAAUGUACUGCGUCUGCAAAAGUUCCUAAUGCUCUUCGAUCCCGACUCCACGGAGAACUGUGUUUUCAUUGUGCCCACGGUGAAGACGCCUGCUGGUGGCAAGAAUAUCGACUGGCAGUUCCUAGAGCUCAUCCAGGCCAAUGGCAAUACGAUGCCACGAGCAGUGCCCGAUGAGGAGCGCCAGGCGCAGGCGUUCGAUGCCCAAAGAUUCCAGGAUGCCGUCGUAAUGCCGUGGUAUCGCAACCAGGAUCAACCGCAAUACUUUUACGUGGCCGAGAUCUGUCCGCACCUUUCGCCCCUAAGCUGUUUCCCUGGCGACAACUACCGCACGUUCAAGCACUACUACCUCGUCAAGUACGGACUGACCAUACAGAAUGCCUCGCAGCCGCUGUUGGAUGUGGAUCACACGAGUGCUCGCCUGAACUUCCUAACUCCGCGGUACGUAAAUCGAAAGGGCGUGGCUCUGCCCACCAGUUCGGAGGAAACCAAGCGGGCCAAGCGCGAGAAUCUCGAACAGAAGCAGAUCCUGGUGCCGGAGUUGUGCACUGUGCACCCAUUUCCCGCCUCUUUGUGGCGAACCGCUGUGUGUUUGCCCUGCAUUCUGUACCGCAUCAACGGUCUCCUCUUGGCUGACGACAUUCGCAAGCAGGUUUCUGCGGAUCUGGGACUGGGAAGGCAGAAAAUCGAAGAGGAGGAGUUCGAGUGGCCCAUGCUGGACUUCGGCUGGAGUUUAUCAGAGGUGCUGAAGAAAUCACGCGAGUCUAAGCAAAAGGACUCACAAAAGGUUUUAGAAAAUGGUAAAGAUUCGAUGGAGGAUCAAAAAGAGGCGAUAAAGGAGGAAACCCAACAAGCUGAGAAUUCCAAAGACGAUAAAGUUGAGAAGAGUGCCGUUGAACUCAUCAUCGAGGGCGAACAAAAGCUGCAAGAGGCGGAUGAUUUUAUUGAGAUUGGUACUUGGUCAAAUGACAUGGCUGACGAUAUAGCCAGUUUUAACCAGGAAGAUGAUGACGAGGAUGAAGCCUUUAACCUCCCAGUUCUGCCUGCUAACGUAAAGUUUUGUGAUCAGCAGACCCGCUAUGGAUCGCCAACAUUUUGGGAUGUGAGCAAUGGCGAAGGUGGAUUCAAGGCUCCGAAGCGCGGCCAACCUCAACAAGGUGGAAAGGGCAAAGGAAAGGGUCCAGCGAAGCCCACCUUCAACUAUUACGACUCGGACAAUUCACUGGGCUCUAGUUAUGAUGAUGACGACCAUAAUAUGCCUCAUAAUUACAUUCACCAAAAAUACAGCUCGGAUGACGACGAUGUGGAGGAUGACAUUGAUGCGGGACGCAUUGCCUUCACUUCCAAGAACGAGGCUGAGACCAUCGAAACCGCCCAGGAAGUGGAGAAGCGACAGAAACAGCUCUCCAUUAUCCAAGCAACGAAUGCCAAUGAACGGCAGUACCAGCAAACGAAGAACCUGCUUAUAGGAUUUAACUUUGAACAGCAAAAGGACGAUGUGCAAGAAGUACCGAGUGGCAGAUACGAACAAUCAAUAGCCAAGCUGCAGGCUGAGAUCGAAAGCUGUGGCAUGCUGGUUCCUCACGACAAGGAGCUGGCUCUAAAACGAAGUGAUGCCGCUGAAGCUCAGGCAGCAAAGAUGUCGAUGAUGGAUUUGCUCAAGCAACUGUUGCCAUAUGUUAAAGAGGAAAACUUGGCAGCAAAACUGGGUAAUAGGCGAGAACUGUUGCUGUCGGAUUUGGUCGAGCUAAAUGCGGAUUGGGUGGCUCAGAAUGAGCAGGAGACCUUUAGCGUGAUGGGAUGCGGUGACAGUUUUGAUAACUACAACGAUCACCAUCGACUGAACUUGGAGGAAAAGAAGCUCAAACUUGAGUUUGAGCGAAAGAAAAUUGAGCCGGAAUCUUCCCAGAAAGCCAUAUCAUCAUCCAUUUCGCCAACAGGCUUCAGUUUCGAUCGCCAACCGGAUCUGGUUGGACAUCCAGGACCCAGUCCCAGCAUCAUUCUGCAGGCCCUCACCAUGUCGAAUGCCAACGAUGGCAUCAAUCUGGAGCGCCUGGAGACCAUUGGCGACUCCUUUCUCAAGUAUGCCAUCACCACUUAUCUGUACAUUACCUACGAGAAUGUCCACGAGGGUAAGCUAAGUCACCUGCGCUCCAAGCAGGUGGCCAAUCUUAAUCUUUAUCGCCUGGGAAGGCGGAAGCGGCUGGGCGAGUACAUGAUAGCCACCAAGUUCGAGCCUCACGACAACUGGUUGCCACCCUGCUAUUACGUGCCAAAGGAGCUGGAAAAGGCUCUAAUUGAAGCGAAGAUUCCAACGCCUCUUUGGAAACUUGCCGAUUUGCUGGACAUCAAAAACCUGAGCAGCGAGCAAAUCUGCGAGAUGGUCCGCGAAAAAGCCGAAGCCAUGGGCUUGGAGCAGACCAGUGGUGCCCAGAAUGGUCAGCUUGACGACUCCAAUGACAGCUGCAAUGAUUUCAGCUGCUUCAUUCCAUACAAUCUGGUCUCACAGCACAGCAUUCCGGAUAAGUCCAUAGCCGAUUGUGUAGAGGCGCUCAUUGGAGCCUAUCUCAUUGAGUGCGGACCUCGAGGAGCUCUUCUCUUUAUGGCCUGGCUGGGGGUCAGAGUGCUGCCCUUCACCAGGCAGUUGGAACUGGCGAAUGAGGAAGAGCGGAUUCCGGGCAGUACUAAACCCAAUCAGGAGAAAAUGGUUACUGUUUAUGGUGCUUGGCCCACGCCACGAAGCCCGCUACUGCAUUUUGCACCCAACGCCACGAAGGAGUUGGACCAUUUACUUAGUGGCUUCGAGGAAUUCGAGCAGAGUCUGGGCUACAAGUUCCGGGAUCGAUCCUACCUUCUGCAGGCCAUGACACAUGCCAGUUAUACUCCCAAUAGACUGACGGAUUGCUAUCAGCGCUUGGAGUUCCUGGGCGAUGCUGUGUUGGAUUACCUGAUUACACGUCAUUUGUACGAAGAUCCCCGCCAGCAUUCGCCAGGAGCUCUAACGGAUUUGCGAUCCGCGCUAGUGAACAAUACAAUUUUUGCCUCCCUUGCCGUUCGGCAUGGUUUCCACAAGUUCUUCCGACAUCUCUCGCCGGGUCUCAACGAUGUGAUCGAUCGCUUUGUGCGAAUCCAACAGGAGAACGGGCACAGCAUCAGCGAGGAGUACUAUUUGCUGUCGGAAGAGGAGUGCGACGAUGCGGAGGACGUGGAAGUGCCCAAGGCUUUGGGCGAUGUCUUUGAGUCGAUUGCCGGUGCCAUCUUUUUGGACUCCAACAUGUCCCUGGAUGUGGUGUGGCAUGUCUACAGCAAUAUGAUGAGUCCGGAGAUCGAACAAUUCAGCAACUCAGUGCCAAAGUCGCCCAUCCGGGAGCUCCUCGAACUGGAGCCGGAGACGGCCAAAUUCGGCAAGCCUGAGAAGCUGGCUGAUGGGCGACGGGUGCGCGUCACCGUGGAUGUCUUCUGCAAGGGCACCUUCCGCGGCAUCGGACGCAACUAUCGCAUUGCCAAGUGCACCGCGGCCAAAUGCGCUCUGCGCCAACUUAAGAAACAAGGCUUGAUAGCCAAAAAAGACUAAAAAGUCGUCGCUGCAAUUGUGUUUCAUUAGGCUUUAAAACCUUACUGUGUACUUUACAAUUAGAUUUAAGUUAACCUUUUUUAUUGUAUAUGUCGAAUCAAAUUGUAAAAUAAUUUUCACUUCAAAUUUUAUAUAUUUAAAUUAUAUUUUAAAAAUA